UCCUAUCUUAAGAGGACAGUCUUCUGUGGACAGUUACGCCUGUACACUUUAAUAAACGUGCCACAACAUAAACAAAGAUGCACACAGCCUUUAUCAGUAUGAAACGAAUUGUUUGCAGUUUGCUAGACACUGAUGUGUCACGUAUGGCAAUGAUGUGUCCAAAGCAUUGCUGUGUUGUUGUUUUUUUUACGGAAUUUGGAAGAUGAAACUGAUUGCUCUUAAAUUGAAUAGAUGUCCUUCUACAUUAUGUUGUGAAAAAACGACACAUAUUACAUAUAUAUCACAAUAGCAUACUGCAUCUGCUUACACAAGUAUAUUGUGUACAUUUCUAAAAAAAAACAUUCCCUCCCGCUGGUUGGUCCGUACUUAAGGCACGACCUUCAAAAAUCACGUGUAAUAAUCGCGUAAAUUAUAAAAAUAAACAUUUUAUGCCCCAGAAGGGGUUGUCCGACUCACGGACAUUUGAAGAUACGAUGCCUCAUCUUAUUGGACAGAGGCUAUGCCUGCCUGAAAUUAGCAUAAAGGACGCAACUGGCAACCGAUCCACUGGGGAACAAGCUAGCCAUGCGUCACAGCUCUCUGUGAAUGGGGAAGAGGGGAAGAGAAAGAAAAAAUGAAACAUGUUAUCGACAACAUCCACUAACUAAUUUGUGCCAAUGGCAGCGAAACCAGUUGUGAUCUCAAAGAGACGCUUGGACACGCCACAGGUGACGGAAGACCUCCUAAUGCCUGCCCUCCGUGUUGCCAACUGAGAAGCAUCCAAGAAAAACUUCCCAGGAAUAAAGAUAGGCUCGGGGCCCCGAAUCGAAAAGAAACGUGCACGAUUCCACGACGUCACCUCUCAAAACCAUGAAGAGACCGUUGACGUUAAGGACCAAACGUGACGAGGACAGGGCGAUCGGGAAGCCGCUGGUGAAGUAACUGGAUGCAGCGGGGACACAGCAGGGCGAAAAAAGUUCUUGUCUUUCCCCACCCGAGUGACUGGAAGAGACAACAAAGAAAAGUCAGUGUUCAAACUAUGCGCUUUCUUUACUACUGACACAACAAGGUAGGAACCAUCAAUUCCCGUGUCGCUGUAAAUAAAAAGAUAGCACCAUGGAAUCGGAAGGAUCUACGGGGCUGGCGAAAUCUGCCGCCGUAAAACUGUCUGAGAUGGGAGAAAGAACUAAACAAUUGGGCACCGCUAUGCAAGACCCAAACCGACAGAGACGAAUUGUUUUAGUGAUUGUGUGUAUGGCGCUUUUGUUAGACAAUAUGCUCUACAUGGUUAUAGUGCCAAUAAUUCCAGAAUACCUGGCGGAACUGGAGAGUGAGCAGGAACAUGCUUUUGCAGCUUCUCAUUCAGUGAAUGCAUCAUUCAAAAGCAACAAAGACAAUUUAGACGUCCAAAUUGGAAUUUUGUUUGCAUCAAAGGCUAUCUUGCAGCUGCUUGUCAACCCCUUUACCGGAACUUUUAUAGACCGGGUGGGAUACGACAUUCCACUUUUAAUCGGACUCACGAUCAUGUUCCUCUCCACCUGCAUAUUCGCGAUGGCCGAGAAUUACGCGACCCUCUUCGCGGCACGCAGUCUACAAGGACUCGGAUCGGCUUUUGCCGACACCUCUGGAAUCGCAAUGAUUGCGGACAAGUACACCGAGGAAUCGGAGAGAAGUCGCGCGCUGGGCAUUGCCCUGGCGUUCAUUUCGUUCGGGAGCCUGGUUGCACCCCCCUUCGGCGGCAUCCUGUACGAGUUUGGCGGUAAACGAGUGCCAUUCAUAGUGCUCGCUUGCAUCUGCCUGGUCGACGGCGUCCUACUUUUGACUGUGAUUAAGCCUUUCUCGAACAGGAGUCGAGAGAACAUGCCCAUUGGCACCCCGAUCUACCGACUGAUGAUGGACCCAUACAUAGUCGUGGUGGCGGGCGCCCUGACCGUGUGCAACAUCCCCCUGGCCUUUUUGGAGCCGACCAUCGCCAACUGGAUGACUACCACCAUGCAAGCCAGCGAGUGGCAGGUGGGAAUGGCUUGGCUGCCAGCGUUUUUUCCUCAUGUCCUCGGGGUGUACAUCACUGUCAAAUUAGCAGCCAAGUAUCCCAACUUGCAGUGGUUUUACGGCGCUCUCGGCAUGGUCAUCAUAGGAGCGAGCUCCUGUAUUGUGCCAGCCUGCAAAAACUUUGGCCAGCUCAUGCUCCCCUUGUGCGGUAUCUGUUUCGGCAUCGCCCUGGUGGACACCGCGCUCCUGCCAACACUCGCCUUCCUCGUCGAUGUACGGCACGUCUCCGUGUAUGGCAGCGUGUACGCCAUCGCUGAUAUAUCCUACUCCAUCGCGUACGCGAUGGGCCCCAUAGUGGCCGGUCAGAUUGUGCACAACUUGGGCUUUGUGCAGCUGAACUUGGGCAUGGGACUGGUCAACGUGCUCUACGCGCCUGCUCUGCUCAUGCUCCGCCACGUGUGUCAGAUGAAGCCGUCCUACUCCGAGAGAAACGUCCUGCUGGAAGAUGGGCCGCAGGGACUCUAUGAUACCAUAAAGAUGGAGGAGAGAAAGAGAAAAAAGAAGGGACUUAGCUCCGCCGGUAACUGCGUCCCUAUUGAUGAAAACGGAAUGGACGCCUUUAGGGAACACAGGUCGUAUUCCGAGGAAUCAUCAGGUCCAGAAUAUAGUUAGAAAAAAAGAGGUCGUAGUUAGUCACAUUUUUUUUUUUAGAGAUUUUGUUUAUUUUAUUAUCUAGACUCUAUUUUACUUAAUUUAUGUGCAAUAUAUAAUUACCAAAUAAUGAUUGUCUCAUGCGUUUCGAAUAUGUUCAUCAUGAUGCUAUCAUUGCAACUUAAAAGACCAAGUCUACGAUGAAACGCUUUUUCCUAUAAUGGGUAUUGUGAAAGGUCUAUAUUCGACUGUGUGCACAUGUACUGUAUUGUAAAAAGGUAAAUAGAAACAUGUAUGUAAAAUAAUAUAUUUAAACUUCAGAGACGAAACCAUGAAAACCAAAUAUUGUACUUUAUAUUUCCAGGUGAACACAAAUAUUUGUUUACAACCACAUUAUCGACACUUCAUUGCAAGUUUUCAAUCAUCGUAAUGAUUUGGAGUGACUCAUUGUUUAUAGUCGUCUAGUUUGAACUGUUAAAUCACAUGUCUGCCACAAAUAGGCCUAUUUGUUGUAAAUAUGUAGGUAUCUGUAAAUUCAACUCUGCCUAUGUGGACUAGUGUAAAACUGAAUGUGUGUGUUUUGUGAUUCAGGUAGAACCAUAGACUUAUGUCAGAGGAGAGAAUGAACUAAAAUGUACUGAAAUGUGUACUGGUUGAAUAAACCUUCAUUCCAAUCGAAA